UCGCGACCAGCCAAUAGGCGCGCUGGGAGGCGGGGCAAAGCGGCCGAGGGGCGGGAUUUCCCGCGCGGCCGCUCGGCGCCUGGCGAGGGCGGCGCGGGUGGCGUCGGUGGUAGCGCCUGCGAGAGGGCGGGCCAGGGUCAGCUGCUGCAGGCGGGCCGGCGCUCUGAACUGUGGGCGGCUGCCGCGUCUCCUGCCGCCGCCCUCUCUUUGCCACGAUGCCGGGGAUCGACAAGCUGCCCAUUGAAGAGACGCUGGAGGACAGCCCGCAGACAAGGUCUUUACUGGGUGUAUUUGAAGAAGAUGCCACAGCUAUUUCCAACUACAUGAACCAGUUGUAUCAAGCUAUGCAUCGGAUUUAUGAUGCACAGAAUGAACUAAGUGCAGCAACACACCUGACUUCAAAACUUUUAAAAGAAUAUGAAAAACAGCGUUUUCCAUUGGGGGGUGAUGAUGAAGUUAUGAGCUCUACCUUACAACAGUUUUCAAAAGUUAUAGACGAGCUUAGCUCUUGUCAUGCGGUUCUUUCAACUCAACUUGCUGAUGCCAUGAUGUUCCCCAUUACCCAGUUUAAGGAAAGAGAUCUGAAAGAAAUAUUGACAUUAAAAGAAGUGUUUCAGAUCGCUAGUAAUGAUCAUGAUGCUGCAAUUAACAGAUAUAGCCGAUUGUCAAAAAAAAGAGAAAAUGACAAGGUGAAAUAUGAAGUAACAGAAGAUGUGUACACUUCCAGAAAGAAACAACACCAGACCAUGAUGCAUUAUUUUUGUGCAUUAAAUACUCUUCAGUACAAGAAGAAAAUAGCAUUAUUAGAACCUCUACUUGGGUACAUGCAAGCUCAGAUAAGUUUCUUUAAGAUGGGUUCUGAAAAUCUCAGUGAACAACUGGAAGAAUUUUUAGCUAAUAUUGGAACAAGUGUACAGAAUGUUCGCAGGGAAAUGGACAGUGAUGUAGAGACCAUGCAACAGACAAUAGAGGACUUGGAAGUAGCCAGUGACCCUUUAUAUGUGCCUGACCCAGACCCCACCAAAUUUCCUGUUAAUCGAAAUUUAACCCAAAAGGCUGGAUACCUUAAUGCUAGGAAUAAAACAGGCUUGGUGUCAUCUACCUGGGAUAGACAGUUUUACUUCACGCAGGGUGGAAACUUAAUGAGUCAAGCCCGAGGAGAUGUGGCAGGAGGCCUGGCCAUGGACAUAGACAACUGUUCAGUGAUGGCUGUGGACUGUGAAGACAGGCGAUACUGUUUUCAGAUCACUUCUUUUGAUGGAAAAAAAUCUUCAAUUUUGCAAGCAGAGAGUAAAAAAGACCAUGAAGAGUGGAUUUGUACAAUUAACAACAUAUCUAAACAGAUAUACUUAAGUGAAAAUCCAGAG